AGAACUUAGAAGGGAUCAUCAGUAACCAUUACAAGGAUGCCACGUAAUCGCUUCCAUACCACAUCCAUUUCCUCUAAAGCCCACUGUUCUCUCCUCUCGUAUUCUCACAUUUCUUCCUUCGAAAAAUCCCACUUUCUCUCUCCUCUCAACACUUCAAGGUUGAGCAACUGCAGUCGAUAAAAUGGCUGCCUCAUCAGCAUGUCUUCUGGGACACGGUUCAUCAGCCUCUACCUCUAAAACUAUUCUAAAAGAGAAACUUUUUCAUCGGCACUUAUUUGCAACUCAAGGACGUUCGGUGUUGCUAAAGUCACCAAAAUCUUUUACUGUGAAAGCAUCUUCAGACAAAGCACAUAAUGAUGGAAGAAGAGGCUUCUUAAAAUUGUUGCUUGGGAAUGCCGGAGUUGCAUCAACUCUAGUCAGUAGCAGAAACGCUUAUGCUGAUGAUGAGCAAGGAGUUUCUUCUUCAAGAAUGUCUUACUCGAGGUUCUUGGAGUACCUUGACAAGGAUAGAGUGAAGAAGGUAGACUUGUUUGAAAAUGGAACCAUAGCUAUUGUGGAGGCCAUCUCUCCUGAACUAGGUAACCGUGUGCAACGAGUUCGUGUUCAACUCCCAGGUCUUAGUCAGGAGCUGCUACAGAAACUUAGGGAGAAAAAUAUAGACUUUGCGGCACAUAAUGCACAAGAGGAUUCUGGCUCUCUACUGUUUAACUUGAUAGGAAAUCUUGCUUUCCCACUUAUCUUAAUUGGGGGUCUUUUCCUUCUCUCUAGACGCUCUUCUGGAGGUAUGGGAGGUCCAGGUGGUCCUGGAUUCCCUCUGACCUUCGGUCAGUCAAAGGCCAAGUUUCAGAUGGAGCCUAAUACUGGGGUAACUUUUGAUGAUGUUGCUGGUGUUGAUGAAGCAAAGCAGGAUUUUAUGGAAGUGGUGGAAUUUCUAAAAAAGCCUGAGAGGUUCACUGCUGUUGGAGCUCGCAUUCCUAAGGGUGUUCUGCUUGUUGGCCCACCAGGGACUGGAAAGACCCUGCUGGCUAAGGCCAUUGCUGGGGAAGCUGGUGUUCCAUUUUUCUCCAUUUCCGGGUCAGAAUUUGUUGAAAUGUUUGUUGGUGUGGGAGCUUCACGAGUGCGUGACCUUUUCAAGAAAGCAAAGGAAAAUGCUCCUUGUAUUGUGUUUGUGGAUGAAAUUGAUGCAGUGGGGAGGCAAAGGGGUACUGGGAUUGGGGGAGGCAAUGAUGAAAGGGAACAGACACUGAACCAGCUUCUGACUGAGAUGGAUGGCUUUGAGGGUAAUACUGGUAUAAUUGUUGUUGCUGCAACUAACCGAGCAGACAUUCUUGACUCUGCGCUGUUGAGGCCUGGACGCUUUGACAGACAGGUAUCAGUAGAUGUUCCUGAUGUACGUGGAAGAACAGAGAUCUUGAAGGUUCAUGCCAGCAAUAAGAAGUUUGAUGCUGAUGUCUCCCUUGAUGUGGUAGCAAUGCGAACACCUGGUUUCAGUGGAGCUGAUCUGGCAAAUCUCUUAAAUGAGGCAGCUAUAUUGGCUGGUCGUCGUGGGAAGACAGGAAUUUCUUCCAAAGAAAUAGAUGAUUCAAUUGAUAGGAUUGUAGCUGGAAUGGAAGGAACUGUAAUGACAGAUGGUAAAAGCAAAAGUCUUGUGGCAUAUCAUGAAGUUGGACACGCUAUCUGUGGAACUCUGACUCCUGGGCAUGAUGCUGUGCAAAAAGUCACCCUUAUACCACGUGGUCAAGCACGAGGACUCACCUGGUUCAUUCCUUCUGAUGACCCAACCCUCAUUUCAAGGCAGCAACUCUUUGCAAGAAUUGUUGGUGGUCUAGGUGGCCGAGCUGCUGAGGAAAUAAUAUUUGGUGAGCCCGAAGUCACCACUGGAGCAGCUGGUGAUUUACAACAAAUCACUGGUUUGGCUAAACAGAUGGUGACUACUUUCGGAAUGUCUGAGAUUGGUCCAUGGUCUCUUAUGGAUUCAUCAGCACAAAGUGGGGAUGUUAUUAUGCGUAUGAUGGCGAGGAAUUCAAUGUCGGAAAGGCUAGCUGAGGAUAUCGAUGCUGCUGUGAAAAAGCUUACGGAUGAUGCUUAUGAGAUUGCCUUGACCCACAUAAGAAACAACCGAGAGGCCAUUGACAGUAUCGUUGACGUUCUUCUAGAAAAGGAAACCAUAAAUGGGGAUGAGUUCCGAGCUCUUCUUUCUGAGUUUGCGGAGAUUCCAGUGGAAAAUCGUGUGCCUGCAGCAGUAGCUGCUCCUGUAACAGUAUAAGCAUAUAUACGUAUAUACAUAUCAGGUGUAUUCUUCUUGUUCUUGUAUACUAAGUUAUACCAUUUCUCCUAUUGGGAGUCUUGACCAAAGUGUUUUCAUGUAGCAAUUUAGAUGCUGUAAAAUUGUAAUUAAUUAAGGGUUGGAAAUGAAUUCCUGAUC